AUGGGGCUGCCACUGGCCCGCCUGGCGGCCCUCUGCCUGGCUCUGACCUGGGCCGGGGGCACGGAGCUCCAGAGAGAAGGCAGAACCCGGAACCACGGCCACAGCGUGUGCAGCACCUGGGGCGACUUCCACUACAAGACCUUUGACGGCGACGUCUUCCGCUUCCCCGGGCUGUGCGACUACAACUUGGCCUCCGACUGCCGCGACGCCUACAAGGAGUUCGCCGUGCACCUGAAACGCAGCCCCGGCAGCAGUGGGGGCCUGUCCCAGGUCGAGUACAUCCUGCUGACCGUCAAGGACGACGCCAUCUACCUCACCCGCCAGCUCGCCGUGCUGAACGGGGCCAUGGUCAGCACUCCGCACUACAGCCCGGGGCUGCUCAUCGAGAAGACCGACACGUACACCAAGGUCUACUCCCGCGCAGGACUCACGCUCAUGUGGAACCAGGAAGACUCGGUCAUGCUCGAGCUGGACAGUAAGUUCCGGAACCACACUUGCGGCCUCUGCGGGGACUACAACGGCCUGCAGACCUACUCGGAGUUCCUCUCCGAGGGUGUACCCUUCAGCCCCGUCGAGUUUGGGAAUAUGCAGAAGGUGAACAAGCCUGAGGUGGUGUGUGACGACCCGGAGGAGACGGUGGUCCCCGAGUCCUGCUCCGAGCACCGCGCCCAGUGUGAGCGGCUGCUGACGGCUGCGGCCUUCGCGAGCUGCCAGGGCCUGGUGCCCGUGGAGCCGUACGUGCAGGCCUGCGCGCAGGACCGCUGCCAGUGCCCACAGAACGCCUCCUGCGUCUGCAGCACCAUCGCCGAGUUCUCCCGCCAGUGCUCCCACGCCGGCGGGCGGCCGGAGACCUGGAGGACAGACGCGUUCUGCCCCAAGAGCUGCCCUGGGAACAUGGUCUACCUGGAGAGCGGCUCGCCCUGCAUGGACACCUGCUCACACCUGGAGGUCAGCAACCUUUGUGAAGAGCACCGCAUGGACGGCUGCUUCUGCCCAGAAGGCACUGUGUAUGAUGACAUUGCGGGUGGCGGCUGCAUCCCCGUGAGCCAGUGUGGCUGCAAGUUGCACGGACACCUGUACACGCCCGGCCAGGAGACCACCAACAACUGCAAGCAGUGGUGGGUGCCGGGGCGGGGGUCCCAGUGGGCUGGGUGUCCAGGCGGGCUGGGGGGUCCUGGNACCUGCCUGAAGACCGUGGUGCUGCUGGCCGACAGCAAGAAGAACGUGGUGACCUUUAGGUCAGAUGGCAGCGUCCUGCUGAAUGAGCUGAAGGUGAAUCUGCCCCAUGUGACGGCGAGUUUCUCCAUUUUUCAACCGACCUCCUACCACCUCAUUGUGACCACCACCUUCGGCCUCAAGCUGCAGAUCCAGCUGGUGCCGGUCAUGCAACUCUUCCUGACGCUGGACCAGGCGGCCCAGGGCCGCGUGCAGGGCCUCUGCGGGAACUUCAACGGCCUGGAAGGGGACGACUUCAAGACGGCCGGGGGGCUGGUGGAGGCCACAGCCGCCAGCUUUGCCAACACCUGGAAGGUCCAGGCGAGCUGCCAGGACAAGCAGGACUGGCUGGACGACCCCUGCUCCCUCAACAUCGAGAGCGCCAACUACGCCGAGCACUGGUGCUCCCUGCUGAAGAAGACCGAGACCCCGUUCGAGAGGUGCCACUCCGCCGUGGACCCAGCCGAGUAUUACAAGAGGUGCAAGUAUGACACUUGCAACUGCCAGAACACGGAGGACUGCAUGUGCGCCGCCCUGUCCUCGUACGCCCGCGCCUGCGCCACCAAGGGCGUCAUGCUGUGGGGCUGGCGGGAGCAUGUCUGCAACAAGGACCUGGACUCCUGCCCCAAGUCACAGGUCUUCCUGUACAACCUGACCACCUGCCAGCAGACCUGCCGCUCGCUGUCUGAGUCCGACACCCACUGCCUGCAGGGCUUCGCGCCCGUGGAUGGCUGCGGCUGCCCUGACCACAUGUUCCUGGACGAGAAGGGCCGCUGCGUGCCCCUGGCCAAGUGCUCCUGCUACUACCGCGGCCUCUACCUGGAGGCGGGGGAGGUGGUCCUGAGGCAGGAGGAGCGAUGCGUCUGCCGGAACGGGAGGCUGAGCUGCAUACAAGUCAAGCUGAUCGGCCAGGCCUGCGAGGCCCCGAAGAUCCACAUUGACUGCAACAACGUGACGGCGCUGGCCAUCCGGAACCCCAGGCCUGUCAGCUGUCAGACGCUGGCUGCCGGCUAUUACCAGACAGAGUGCAUCAGUGGCUGCGUGUGCCCCGAGGGGCUGAUUGACGACGGCCGGGGUGGCUGCGUGGUGGAGGAGGCGUGCCCGUGUGUGCACAACAAUGACCUGUACUCACCCGGGGACAAGAUCACGGUGGACUGCAACACCUGCACCUGCCAGAAAGGGCGCUGGGCGUGCACCCAAUUGGUGUGCCACGGCACCUGUACCAUCUACGGGAGUGGCCACUACAUCACCUUCGAUGGGAAGUACUAUGACUUUGAUGGACACUGCUCCUACGUGGCCGUGCAGGACUAUUGCGGCCAGAACACCUCCCUGGGUUCCUUCAGCAUCCUCACCGAGAAUGUGCCCUGUGGUACCACGGGGGUCACCUGCUCCAAGGCCAUCAAGAUCUUCAUUGGGAGGACGGUGCUGAAGCUGGAGGACAGACACUGCAUGGUGAUCCAGCGUGAUGUGGGUGACCAUGUGGCCUACAUCAUGCGGGAUGUGGGCCAGUACCUGGUGGUGGAGGCCAGCAUCGGGGUCAUCGUCAUCUGGGACAGGAAGACCACCAUCUUCAUCAAGCUGACCCCCUCCUACAAGGGCACGGUGUGUGGCCUGUGUGGGAACUUCGACCAGCAGUCCAACAACGACUUCACCACGCGGGACAGCAUGGUGGUGGACAGCGAGCUGGACUUCGGGAACAGUUGGAAGGAGGCCUCCACCUGUCCGGACGUGACGACCACCCCGGAGCCUUGCGCCGUGAACCUGCACCGCCGCUCCUGGUCGGAGAAACAGUGCAGCAUCAUCAAAAGCCGGGUUUUCCAGCUCUGCCACAGCAAGGUGGACCCCAUGCCCUUCUACGAGGCCUGCGUCCAAGACUCGUGCUCCUGUGACACUGGCGGGGACUGUGAGUGCUUCUGCUCCGCCGUGGCCUCUUACGCCCAGCAGUGCACCAAGGAGGGCGCCUGCGUGUACUGGAGGACACCCGACCUGUGCCCCAUAUUCUGCGACUACUACAACCCCCCGAACGAGUGUGAGUGGCACUACGAGCCUUGCGGGAACCGCAGCUUCGAGACCUGUCGGACCGUCAACGGCAUCCACUCCAACAUCUCCAUGUCCUACCUGGAGGGCUGCUACCCCCGGUGCCCGAAGCAUAGCCCCAUCUAUGACGAGGAGCUGAAGGCGUGUGUCACCAGGGACAAAUGCGGCUGCUACAUCAACAACACUCGCUACACACCAGGAACGUCCGUCCCCACAGGGCACAUCUGCCACUCUUGCAUGUGUACCGACUCCUCGACAGUUGUCUGCUGGGUUGAUGAAGGGAGGAUUGUCAACAUCACCCAGGACGGCUCCUUCUGCUACUGGGAGUUCUGUGGCCCCAACGGGACAGUGCAGCAACACUUCAACGUCUGUGUGUCCCACUCAACCCCCGUCACGACAACACCCGCCCCCACCACCUCCACCACCACCAGCAUCACUCCGACCUCCAGCACAGCGCCACCUUCCUCUUCACCCACUACCGUUACCUGCUGCUCCUGGUCUGACUGGAUCAACAAUGACUAUCCCAGUGCUGACAGUGAUGGCGGGGACCGAGAGAGGUUUGAUGGUGUCUGCAGCGCCCCCCAGGACAUCGAGUGCAGGGCAGCUGUGGAGCCCCUGCUCAGCUGGGAGACGCUGGGCCAGAAGGCUCGGUGCGACGUCUCCGUCGGGUUCAUUUGCAAGAAUGAAGACCAGUUUGGAAACGGACCUUUUGGGGUCUGCUACGACUACGAGAUACGAGUCUAUUGCUGCCAGCAGAAGGAUGAGUGUCCUACCUUGACCCCAACCACCACCCUGCCAACCACCACCCCAACCACCCCACCAACCACCACCCCGUUGACUACCAGCCCAACCACUCCACCAACCCCCACCACCACCCCACCGACCACCACCCCAACUGCCACCCCACGAACCACCACCCCAACCACCACCCCAACCACCACCCCACUGACCACCACCCCGACCACCCCACCAACCACCACCCCACUGACCACCACCCCAAUCACUCCACCAACCACCACCCCAACCAUCCCACCAACCACCACCCCACUGACCACCACCACCCCUCCCUCCCCACCGACCACCUCGCCAACCACUAUCCCAACUGCAACCACUACAAUCACCACAGUGACACCAACCUCUCUGUGUCUGCCAGACUGCAGAUGGACUGGAUGGCUGGAUUCUGGUAAACCGAAUGAUACUGAAGCAGAUGGAGAUGUUGAAUCCCUUGAGAACAUCUGUGUCAAUGGCUCAGUAACCAACAUUUCCUGCAGAGCAGCCAUGUUUCCCAACACUCCCCUCCAAGAGCUUGAACAAACUGUGGUGUGUGACACCUCUGUUGGGCUUGUGUGCAAAAACCAGGACCAGAGGUCAGGGGGGGCCACCCCCAUGCCUUACUGCCUCAACUACGAGAUUGACGUCUACUGCUGUUCUGUUCCACCUUCCUGUGUCACCACACCUUCGACCACCACUACGGAGACCCCUGCUACAACACCCUACAUGACUCCANCCUCAACAGAGACUCCAACCACAAUUCCCACUAUCACUUCAACUGGGAUUCCAACUCCGGCCUCCACCACUACCACAACAGAGACCCUACCUCCAACACCCACCACCUCACAGACCACGACUCCCACCACUACCACGACCACAGAGACCCCAAGGCCUCCAUCUACCACCACCACCACAGGGACCCCAACUCCAACACCCACCACCACAGAGACCACAACUCCCACCUCUACCACAACCACGGGGACCCCAACCCCAACACCUACUACCACAGUGAUACCAGGUCCGUCAUCUACCACCACCACAACCACAGAGACCCCAACUCCAACACCUACCCCCUCAGAGAGCACAACUCCCACCACUACCACAGCCACAGAGACCCCAAGGCCUCCAUCUACCACCACCACCACAGAGACCCCAACUCCAACACCCACCACCACAGAGACCACAACUCCCACCACUACCACAACCACGGGGACCCCAACCCCAGCACCCAGCACCUCAGAGAGCACAACCCUCACCACUACAACAACCACAGAGACCCCAGCUCCAACACCCACCAGUACAGUGACGCCAGUCUGGCCGUCUACCACCACCACAGCUGUGGAGACCUCUAGCACACCACUGACCCCAACACUGACAGUGCCGACAGUCACUCCUGUGGGAGGCACCACCCUUCAAGGCUGGCCGACCCUGGGUCCCACCUCCUCGAAGACCACCCCCACCCCUGGAUCCACGACGGGGUCGCCUUUACCCAGCACGGGCCCUACCUCCAGCCCCACUGCCACGCCUGCGUCAGCCACCUCCACAGGCGCUCCCACGUCAACGGGACGCCCGUCGACCACGCCAGAGUCCACCAGCACCUGGACCUCCAGUGUGUCCACCUCCACUGUGACCCCAGCAACCUCCCCCCACAUUACCACGAGCACUGGCGGGGUCACCUCACCCAACUCCGUGACUGAAUGCUGCUUUUUGAAUGACACCUACUAUGCCCCAGGCGAGCUGGUGUACAACGGCACGCAUGGAGACACCUGCUACUACGUGAACUGCUCGCUGAAAUGCGAGCUUGAGUUCUUCAACUGGUCAUGCCCGUCCACAUCCUCCCCAACACCCAGCCCAUCCACAACUACCACCCAUGAAUCCAGUACACCCAACCCACUGGUCCCCGGGUGCCCGGACUUGGAUCCUCCCAGGGAGGUCUGUGUCUGCUACUGCACGGGCUGGGGGGACCCGCACUACGUCACCUUCGACGGGCUCUACUACAGCUACCAGGGCAACUGCACGUAUGUGCUGGUGGAGGAGAUCAGCCCCAAGGUGGACAACUUCGGGAUCUACGUCGACAACUACCACUGUGACGUCAACGAUGAAGUGUCCUGCCCCCGCACGCUCAUCGUGCGCCACGAGACCCAGGAGGUGCUGAUCAAGACUGUGCAGAUGAUGCCCAUCAGGGUGCAGGUGCAGGUCAACAGGCAGGCCGUGGCGCUACCCUACACCAAGUUCGGGCUGCAGGUGUAUGAGUCGGGCAUCAACUACAUGGUGGACAUCCCCGAGCUGGGCGCCCUCAUCUCCUACAACGGCCUUUCCUUCUCCAUCCGGCUGCCCUACCGCCUGUUCGGCAACAACACGAAGGGCCAGUGUGGCACGUGCACCAACAACACCUUGGACGACUGUGUGCUGCCCAGUGGGGAGAGCAUUGAGAGCUGUGAGAUCGCAGCUGACUACUGGGUGGUGAACGACCCCUCCAAGCCACGCUGUCCCCACACCAGCUUCACCACCAGGCGCCCGGCCAUCUCGCCUUCGGUGGGCACCAGCAGCUCCCCCACGAAGAGCUGUGCGUCUCCGCUCUGUGAGCUCAUCAAGGACAGCUUGUUCGCCCAGUGCCAUGCCCUGGCGCCUCCCCAGCACUACUAUGAAGCCUGCCUGUUCGACAGCUGCUACGUGCCUGGCUCGAACCUGGAGUGUGCCAGCCUGCAGACCUACGCGGCCCUAUGUGCCCAGGAGGGCAUCUGCGUGGACUGGCGGAACCAUACUGGCGGGGCCUGCCCGGUGACGUGCCCCGCCCACCGUGAGUACCGGGCCUGCGGCCCCGUGGAGGAACCCACCUGUAAGUCUAGCCCCUCCCAGCCGAACAGCACACGCCUGGUGGAAGGCUGCUUCUGUCCCGAGGGCACCACCAGCUACGCGCCCGGCUUCGACGUCUGCGUGGACCUGUGCGGCUGCGUGGGGCCCGACAACGUGCCCAGAGAGUAUGGGGAACACUUCGAGUUCGACUGCAAGGACUGCAUUUGCCUGGAGGGCGGGAGCGGCAUCAUCUGCAAGCCCAAGACAUGCCGGCCGGAGCCCCGGCUGGAGUGCGAGGAGGACGGCACCUACGCGUUCACGGAGGUGGACCCCACCAACACCUGCUGCAACCUCACCUCCUGCAAGUGCAACGCCAGCCUGUGCAGGGAGAAGCCCCCGCUGUGCCCACUGGGCUUCCAGGUGAAGAGCGAGAUGGUGCCCGGGAGGUGCUGCCCUCUGUACUCGUGUGUACCCAAGGGCGUGUGUGUGCUGGAGCACGCCGAGUAUCAGCCCGGCUCUCCAGUCUAUUCAUCCAAGUGCCAGAACUGUGUCUGCACCGACCGCAGGGAUGACGCCACGCAGCUCAACGUCAUCACUUGCAGCCACGUGCCCUGUAACACCACCUGCAGCCCCGGCUUUGAGCUGGUGGACGCCCCUGGGGAGUGCUGCAAGAAGUGUGAGCAGACCCACUGCAUCAUCAGCCGGCCCGGCCAGCAGAGCCUGGUCCUGAAGCCCGGAGACAUGAAGAGUGACUCCCUGAACAACUGUACCUUCUUCAGCUGCGUGAAGAUACACGACCAGCUCAUCUCCUCUGUCUCCAACAUCACCUGCCCUGACUUUGACCCCAGCACCUGCGUCCAGGGCUCCAUCACGCUCAUGCCCAAUGGCUGCUGCAGGAAAUGCGUCCUUCGCAAUGAGACCAGCGUCCCCUGCGCUACCGUCCCUGUCGUGAGGGAGAUUUCGCACAAUGGCUGCACCACGUUGGUCUCCAUGAAUGACUGCUCUGGGUCCUGCGGGACCUUCGCCAUGUACUCGGCCGAGGCCCAGGCCCUGGACCACAGGUGCUCCUGCUGUAAGGAGCAUCGCACCAGCCAGCGUGAGGUGACGCUGCGGUGCCCGGACGGGGGCACACUCCGCCACACCUACACCCACAUCGACAGCUGCCUGUGCCAGGACACCCUGUGUGAGCCGCCCGCCCAGCGCAGGGCCCGGCGCUCCUCGCCCCUCGGGGUGGCCCCUGGGCGGGGGUGA